AUGGGGCUAAAAGGUGAGAGUUCAGGGUCAUUUACCACAGGACAGACUGCACAAGAGAAAGGCUUAAACUAUGUCCCUAAUGCUUAUGUGAUUCCUACCCCACAGCGCCCGAGUUUGUCCCCGGAGACCGCCAUUGUUCCCAUCAUUGACAUGGCUUCUCUAAGAUCAAAUGAUUCAGCUCAAAGGUCCCUCACCAUUGAAGCGCUCAGAAAAGCUUGCAUUAGCCUCGGCUUCUUUCAGGUAAAGUUUCAAGCAACCUACCUCUUUUAUAUUAGCUAGCUCUUAACUUCUAUUUGUUUUCUUCAGAUAAUCAAUCAUGGAAUCAGCAAAACGGUGAUGGAGGAAGCACUAAACCAAGCCAGGGAGUUCUUUAACUUACCACUAAAGGAGAAGAUGAAGUAUAAGUCAGAUGAUGUUAGCAAAGCAGUCAGGUAUGGAACAAGCUUGAAAGAUGGAGUAGACAAAAUAAAGUUUUGGAGAGUUUUCCUCAAACACUACGCUCAUCCAUUGGAAGAUUGGGUAGACUCCUGGCCCACCAAUCCACAUACUUAUAGGGAAAAGAUGGGACAAUACACCAAGGAGGUGAGAAAAGUAAGCUUAGAGAUAGAGGAAGCCAUAACUGAAAGCUUGGGUUUAAGACCAACAUACCUCAGCAGCAAAAUGGCUGAAGGAGUCCAGGUAGUGGCAGUAAACUGCUACCCGCCAUGUCCACAGCCAGGGGUCGCACUUGGGUUGCCACCACAUACAGACUACAGCUGCAUAACCACAAUUCUGCAAAGCAGCCAGGGACUUGAAAUCAUGGACCGGGCUGAUGGGAAAUGGAAGAUGGUUCCUAAUGUUGAUGGCAGUCUGCAGGUCCAUGUGGGCGAUCAUGUGGAGGUUCUAAGCAAUGGGCUUUACAAGGGUGUCGUCCACAGAGCCAUUGUCAAUUCUGAGAGAACAAGAAUCUCCAUUUCCAGUCUACACAGCUUGGGAAUGGACGAGAAAAUGAAGCCUGCAGAAGAGCUUGUGGAUGAACAAAAUCCUAUUAAGUAUAAAGAGAGCAGCUUCAAUGAUUUUCUCAAAUUUCUCUCCAGCAACGAUCUUGCAGAAGGAAAGAGCUUCAUCGACACACUCAAGAUCCAGGAUUAA